CCUGGACCCUCGAUGGCAAAAGUUGGGCACACCUGCGUCGAUCGUGUCUUGUCCAGUCGCAACGACAUCUCCCACGUUGAAGAAUUUCAACCAUACAUCUCUAGCUGUUCCGAAGCCAUGCCCGAGUGGAUCAACCCAACCAAAUUCCUCAAUCGGCCGCCACGAGGGGAACUACCACUUGAGAUUGAACUUCAUUCCGCCAACUCCCAACUCUCCUCCCCUCUCUUCAGCAAGCUUUCCGGCGAAUUGCGUUCCCUCAUCUAUUCUUUCGUCUUCCCACCUCAGACAGUUCAUGUACAUUUAAAAGCAUGUCGCGCCAAUGACCGAUGGACCAGAGCCCACAUUUCCCAACAGGAGUGCUGGCCUCUUGACGGCGACGAAGACCCUACCGCAACACCAGAAACAUACGAAGCGCGAAGCUUCAUGAAAACCACAUCUCACGCUUGCUCGUUCCCGCAUGAUUGGGAAAGGCAAUACGCUCUGAGCAAUCACCCAGAAGCGAUUCCGCAACAGUAUCUCAAUAAGAAUGGGCGGCCAUCUCUGUAA